GUUGUUGUUGUUAUUGUUGUUGUCGUUGAGAAAAAUCAAUCUUAGUAGCAGAGAAAUAAGCUAGCUAGCCACUGGGAGAAGAUGCCAGAUGAUCUAUGCAGGAAAUGCCACGCUGCACGUGAAAUCGACGUGGUUCAGAAGGGCACUCAGCAGCAGAACAAGGGAAAAAAACUUGACACCAGAUUGCUCAGAGCCUCAGACCUUCAUCGUUAUCGCAUGACUGCUGGUUGCAGUGCACCGUACGUACAUCCAAACUAGCUAACUUGUCCCGACUCAUGAGUUUCUCGUGUGGAUGCUGGAGACAGAAGAAAAAAAGAAUGAUACUCGUUGGCCCUGAACAAACUAUAAUCUUUCUCUGACCUUGGGCCGGAGGCAUUUGAUGUACUGAACGUAUGUGGGGCGUAGUUACGUUAUGGAAUGGAACCAAGGAGUACGAAUAAACCAUUUCAUUCAGUUAUAGAAGAUUAUCUAUGCAUCAAACAUAGUUUUUUAAAUGCCACACCAUGAACGAAUCACUUGUGAGCAUCACAAUAUACAGUGUUUGUUAAUGGUUCCGUUGCAGCUGAACGAAUCAGGUAGCAGAUCAUUCCAAAAAAAAAGGAAAGAAAGAAAAAAGAAUCAGGUAGCAGAUCAACCGAGUGAGGCAGUUUUUUUUUUAAAUGUAGGCAGCAUUAAACUAUACAAGAGCAAUGGAAUACAAGCUUUUUUUGCGAAGAUGUGGACAUCAAAAUUGACUAGUCUUUGUUCAUGGUUAAGUUUGUGUCCAAGUGAUUUAUCUUGUAAAAUUGGUCAUGUUUUAGUUGAUGGUUCACUUGCUUAUAGUUGCCAGGAAGCAGGAAUCACGUCAACUUGUAGUUUCCCAUGGACACAUGCCUGAAACCAACAGCAGUAUUCGGAGCAUUGGUUGGUGUCGCAUCCGCGCACAAACUAAUUACACAGCCCCAAUCAGUCUUCAUCUACAAGUGCCAUUGACAUAUACUGAAGCCAAAGACUCAAAGUACACUCAUCCAGCUCACACUUCCAACUAGACCAGAUAAAUCAAAGAGAAAAAUGGUUACAUAGAAGUAUAUCAAAGAUGCAACAACUAUGCUUCAGAAUCCCCUUUUCUGUGUCAACCUCCAAGCACCCCCACUCACUCCUACAGUUUUAUUUAGACUAGGCAAGCCAGAGAUCUCGAUCGCCAUGGAGCUUUGGUUGACCUCGGCCCAUCCCAUGCUCCUCUUCCUGCUCCUACCUCUACUCUAUGUCCUCCGCCUACGUCGGAACACCAGAAAGCAACCUCACGCCGACGGCCUCAAGGCCUACCCCAUCAUCGGCACCCUCCCACACUUCGUGAAGAACCAAGACUGCCUCGUCGAGUGGUCGGCCGGCGUCGUCGCUCGUUGCCCCACGCACACCAUGGCCUUCGACUUCAAGGGCCUUGGCCUCAUGGCCGGUGCCAUCACCGCGAACCCGGCCAAUGUGGAAUACAUCGUGAAGACCAACUUCCAGAACUACCCCAAGGGCGAGUUCGUGGUGUCCGCCAUGGCGGACUUCCUCGGCCACGGCAUCUUCAACUCCGACGGCGAUCAGUGGCUUUCGCAGCGCAAGGCCGCAAGCUACGAGUUCAGCAAGCGGUCGCUGAGAAACUUCGUGGUCAGCACCGUCCGGUUCGAGGUCGUCGAGCGGCUGCUGCCUCUGCUCUCCCGGGCGGAGCUAGAAGGCCUGACGCUGGACAUGCAGGACGUUCUCGAGCGCUUCGCGUUCGACAACAUCUGCUGCGUCGCCUUCGACGAGGACCCGGCGUGCCUCACCGACAACGGCCUGGGGGUGAAUGGGCGUGCGGAGUUCAUGCAUGCCUUGAACGACGCGCAGAUCAUGAUCAUGGCCCGGUUCAUGUCGCCGGUCAAGUGGGCAUGGCGGGUGAAGAAGUUACUCAACAUGGGACCGGAGAGGCGGAUGAGUGAGGCACUCGCCACGAUCCACGGCUACGUCGACAGGAUCAUCCGUGACCGCAGCGAGAGGGGAGCGGCCGGGCUGGCGCGCAAGGACGACUUCCUCUCACGCUUCGUCUCCAGCGGCGAGCACAGCAACGAGAGCCUUCGUGAUGUGGUCACCAGCUUCAUCAUAGCCGGGCGGGACACAACCUCGUCGGCGCUCACUUGGUUCUUCUGGCUCGUGUCCAGCCGGCACGAGGUGGAGGCCAAGAUCGUGCGCGAGAUACGCGCGGUGCGAGCGUCCUAUGGGAGCGCGGAUGCAGCCUUCAGCUUGGACGAGCUGCGUGAGAUGCACUACCUGCACGCAGCGGUCACGGAGUCCAUGCGGCUAUACCCGCCCGUGGCCAUGGACUCGCGCUGCUGCAAGCAUGACGACGUCCUCCCCGACGGCACAUUUGUGGGCAAAGGUUGGCAGGUCUCCUACAGCGCGUAUGCCAUGGCGCGGUUAGAGGAGAUAUGGGGCAACGACUGUGCAGAGUACCGGCCAGAGCGGUGGCUUGAUGAGGAGGGUGCGUUCCGGCCGGAGAGCUCGUUUAAGUACCCAGUCUUCCAUGCCGGGCCGAGGAUGUGCCUCGGCAAGGAGAUGGCUUACAUACAGAUGAAGUCCAUUGCCGCCUGCGUGUUGGAGAGGUUCAGCUUCCAGUUCGUCGGAGGCGAGAGCCGGCCAGGGCUUGUGUUCUCCGUGACCUUGCGUAUGGAGGGCGGCUUGCCGAUGCAAGUGAAGAAGAGGGGGCACUGAGCAGCUAGGCAUGUUCCCUUUGCCUACAGGCUGCUCCUCUCUCACGGCUACUGGUCCUAGUCCUACAUAUUCAGGUUCUAGCCAGUCUUGAGGUACCAUGUAUUCAGGCACUCAACGUAUUCACUAGAUGACUCAACCAAGAGCAGACAGGUACUGGUACUUAAUACUCCAUGAUAGCGUAGGAGAUAAAUGUAUUCCACUGACUGCCUGAAGUUUUCAACCAAAGAAGUGUUCUCAAAACUGUUAGCGUGUAGGUAAGCACCAAUUU